AUGCCUCAACUUAGCCUGUUGGCGUGCUACGCAGGACUCCUCGCUGGAGCAGCGGCACCCAACUUUUCAACAGCAGUCCCCAUUCGCUCUGCCAUUGACAACCCGCACGACAGCCUCCUAGACAUACGGCCAAUCUCGUUUGCUCGCGUAGGAACGGCACCUGCUGCUGAAGAGAAAACUGACGCGUGCUUACCCGUUCUUAACAAACUUCGAUUAGAAGGAUUGAAUAAUUUGUUGAGCGAGCUAGUUAAAGCAACGGAAGAAGAGGUUGCCUCAAGUCUUCAGCAGCCAAAAGCGAUUGGGGAAAAGACUAAAGUCACUGAUAUCGCAGCAGAACUUGCAGGGAGCGACAAAACAUGUGAAGCAGCAAAUGCAACGGCAUCACCAUAUUCUGGGCUUGUGAUUACUUUUGACUAUUCCACGGCGUUCGACUGCGAGGCUCUGAUCAAUGAAUCUUUCACUGCAGGGUUGAGCCACCUUCAACAAGCGAACUACGACGCGUCGGAUGCAGCCACCAAGAUGGGCGUGGCUCCACUGGACAAUCUAGCGGCAAAAAAUCUUGCGGCCAUAGUGUCUACUAAGGCGGGAAAAGUGGCAUGCGCUGCUACUAAGGAUUGUGAAGCAGGGAAAAAUGUUCUUUUUUGCUAUUUCAUAGAGCCUUUGGGGAAGGUAGAAGCGCAGCCAAUUAACGCUGAUGUGUACGAGGCGCUGUUGCAACGGCAGCGGGGCUCAGCGUGGACAACAGCUCCUGGCAUUACAGCUAUACUUUUCUCUGUCGCGUUGAUUUUGUUAAGUUGA